AUGUUUAAAGCAAAAUUGUUUAUCGCAGUUUUGUUUAUCUGCUUCCAAUACACACUCCAAUACUCUGAUGAACUUGACAACCAUUAUGAGAUUAGCUGUGCUGAGGUUGGCUCCGUACCGUGCACCAGUGGAGGGUGCUUUCAGCAGUCGCAGUUCUGUGAUGGUUUCGUAAACUGUGAGGAUGGCACUGACGAGCAAUUCUGUGUCACCCAUAAAGCGGAUCCAUUGAUAUGUAACGCCACACACCAGUUUCUUUGCGCCAAUGGCCUCAGCUGUAUCCCUAACUUCUGGAUAUGCAAUAACCGCACGGACUGCGAUGAUGGCAGCGACGAAGCCAAUUGCACUGAUACUUUACCCAUCGAUAAAAACGCAACGUGCAAAGGUUUCCUGUGCGACCACGAUAAAUGCAUCUCCGACUUAUGGGUUUGUGAUGGAAUAUACGACUGCAAGGAUAAGAGUGAUGAGUUUAGACAGGAUUUGUGCCGUUCUGCUAAGUCGGCUCACAUGGGCUUAGUGGAUACCUUCUGCUAUAAGGUGCCUAUUAGCGGCGUAGAACAUGCCUAUAAAUGUCUCGAUUGGAGAUAUUGUGUGACUGCCAGUAGAAUGUGUGAUGGUAUCCUAGAUUGCCGUGACGAAAGCGAUGAAGGGAACUUCUGUUACAGGUGGAACACAAUGUGCGACCAUUUCAAAUGUUACGGCAACAACACAAAAUGCGUUCCUGACCGUGAAGGUCCUAUCUGUGUCUGCGACCCAGAUACCGACAUAUCCCUGUACAACUACGAAACCCACAAGUGUGAAGAUGUCAACGAGUGCAUAAAGGAUAUACCCCAAUGUUCACAUAAAUGUACCAAUUUACCCAGAAAUUUCAGAUGCGAAUGUGAACCUGGAUAUACAAUGGAUCAUUUACGCUAUUUGUGUUUCGCUCCUGCACCCGAGGGAAUGUUAUUCUUCAGCACACCAAAUGACAUCAGAUAUCUCACAAUUAUGACAAAAAAAAUGGUCACUGUUGCGUCUGGCAUUAAAAAGGCUCAUGGAGUAACGUUCGAUGGCACAAAUGUGUACUGGGUUGAAACAGCAAAAGGUCAUCAAGCCAUAUUUAAAGCUCGGCUGGAUAACAUUAAGGAUACUAAGCAGAUACUCGCGGGCCUCGGUCUUGAAGAACCAGAUAGUAUAGCCAUAGACUAUUUGGGCGAUAACAUCUACUUUAGCGACUCGGAACGCGGAACCAUCUCGGCUUGCAAAUUUGAUGGUUCCAGUUGCACCACCAUAAAAGCGAAGACCAACCGUCCCUCAUAUGUCACCUUGGAUGUUAAGAACGGACUAAUGUACUGGGCGGAUUACAUGGGCCGUGGUGUCAUCCUGACAGCUCGCAUGGACGGCAGCCACACUGAAGUGCUAGUUGACAAGCUGGAGUCGUUUGCGACCGGCCUCGCUCUCGAUGUACCGAAUGAUCGAUUGUACUACGUCGAUAAGACCAUCAGAGUAGUGAUUCUUAGUCUGAGGCGUGGAUACACGUUAUUGGAUGAGCCAUACCAUCAUCCGUAUUCCAUCUCCGUGUUCGAGAACACGAUCUACUGGAAUGAUUGGACCACCAACACCAUACAGAUGACAGACAAAGUUCACGGCACCGCUGAAAUGAGACAUCACCUACUGAAGCUGAACACUUCUAUAACAGGAAUGCAUAUGUAUCACCCAAUCCUAAUGAACGCUACUAUCAACCCUUGUAAGGACAACAUUUGUUCACAUUUCUGCCUUGUCACGUCCAAUACUACUCACGUCUGCGGAUGCCCUGACGGCAUGGAAUUACGAGACAACUCCUGUGCUCGCAUUGGUGAUUAUCGAGCCAAGUAUCUAGUGGUAGCUGAAGGCCGUCUAUUCACUAGAAUUCAAUAUGAUGAGCUGGGCAACCCGGAAAGUCACGCCACUAGCUUUAACAUAGGACGAGUGCAAGCUAUGACACACGAUCGUGUUAGAGAUGUCUUAUAUAUAUAUGAUGUGAAAUUUAGAUCUAUUCAGUAUAUCUCCAUGAAUGAUUUUCUUUCUGGGAUAACAAAACCUCUUGUGCAAGAGGGGUUAGUAAAUGUCGUUGAUUUGGACUUCGAUUUCGCAACAGACAAUCUCUACAUAUUAGACGCUGGUCGUCGGGUAGUAGAAGUAUACUCUAGCAAGUCAAGGAAACGAGCUGAAGUGUAUAAGUUUGGGAAUGAAGAAACGCCUAUAAGCUUUUGUCUGAUGCCAGACUAUGGGAGGAUGAUGGUUGCUGUGGUUGAAACAGAUCAGCACAACAAUAUACAUAUCGACAGCAUUGGCCUCGAUGGACAUGAAAGACGCCACGUUAUUAGUAACAAUUUGAAAGGGCCUCACAUACGUCUCCGUUACGUCCAGCAAAUGGACAAUGUUUUUAUUGCGGACGAGAGCAACGGAGUUAUUGACUACAUACACCCAGAUGGGAAAGGAAAAGAAAAUUACCGUGAACUUGCAACAACGGUUUACAGUUUAGCUAUAACCGAAAAUCUUGUAUUCUGGACAGACCGACGCACACCCAGGCUCUUUUGGGCGGAUAUUCACGACACAACGCAGAAAAUACGAAGGAUGGAUCUCUCUUUAUUCCCAAACAACACCCAGUUGCUUAUCGAAGCGAGUUUGCUGCCCCCUAGUGACAGUGACCCCCUUUGGAAUCACCCCUGUAUUAGUAGCACUAAUUGCAUCGAUAUCUGCGUGCAAGUGUCGCACGAAGACCAAUAUUCACCCUUAGUUCCUUUCAAGUACAGAUGCCUAUGUGCACCUGGAUAUGCUCUCCAGGGCGGUACAUGUGUUAAAGUAGUCCAUUGCCGUGAGGAUCAAGUGACGUGUCAUAGAAGUAAUAAGUGUAUACCUAAAGAAAAGAUAUGUAAUGGAGUUAACGAUUGUCCUCUUGGAGAAGACGAAGAAGGAUGUACACCAGUGAAUGUCGACGACAUAUGUACACCGGAUGAGUACUUCUGUGGAGGCGUGUGCUUGAAUAGAAAAAGAACGUCAAUGUGUAACGGCAAACCAAUUUCUAAACCUGAAGUGAAGUCUAUCUGUAGCACAUCAGAAUACCAAUGCGCUAACAGCUCCAUUUGCAUAUCGCGCUCGCAGCUCUGCGACAAAAAAACUGACUGUCCUUCUGGAGACGAUGAGCUGUUCUAUAAAUGUGACACUUUAUCUUGCUACGAUAGUGAAUUUAUGUGUGCGUCUGGGUCAUGCAUUUCAAAAACUUUUGUUUGUGACGGCGAGGAAGACUGCAGCGACGGUUCCGAUGAAAGUAACUGUGGGAACGUGAAGUGUGGUCCAGGAUUCUUCCAAUGUAGGAGCAGAGACUGCAUCGAAUCAAAGAGAAGAUGUGACGGCAAACAGGAUUGCCUCGACUUUUCUGACGAAGGAGACUGUGAGGAUCCCAUAUUUGUGGAGACUACAGUGAGCUCAUUUCUUUAA